CCAUGAAUAUUAAAUCUAUGGUUUAUCAAAGCUUAAUCUAAAUACUCUACUCUGUGUAUAUUUACAAUGUAGUUUUUACACAAAUCAAUAUAAUGUUAGUUAACAGAAAACAAUUAAAUUUUUAUUUAUAAUUACUGAAGUUCUCUGAUCAAAGGUGAAGUGUAGCCUUACUCUAUAUCAUGUUUAAUGCAAAUAUAUUCAAGGGCCUCCUUAAAAAAGGCAAUUGAUAACACCAGAUAUUCUAAAAGUGUAAAGUAUAACAGAAAUAACAAUGAAUAUUGAAGAAUUCACUGUGAAAGUUCCCUGGGGAAAAAUUGCAGUAAAAGCAUGGGGCAAAGUAACAGAUCCAAUAGUGCUUUGCAUACAUGGCGUCCAGGACAAUGCAGCAAGUUUUGACUUGCUAAUACCCGAACUGCCUAACAAUUAUUACUAUGUGUGUUAUGAUUUGCCAUGCCAUGGCAAAUCUAGCCCAUAUCCACCACAUAUGCCUUUGCACAGCAUACAUGAAGUAAUAGUCCUUAAGCUGAUUGUUGAUUACUUUGAACGAAAUGAGUACAUAAUCAUAGGUCAUAGUUAUGGUGGUGUAACUGCAACCUUAUUUUCACAACUUUUCCCAGAAAUUGUGAAAAAACUUAUUCUUCUAGAGGCCAUUUACAGUUACAGUAUUGCUGUGGAAGAUUUCCAAACUGUAAUGCUAGGUCAUAUAGACAAGUUUAUGGAAAUAUCCAAAAAAACUGCAACCGGAAGUCCUCCAAGAUACACCUAUGAUGAAGCACUGAAAAAAGUGCAACAUCAAAGGGCUAAUGGCAAAAUAUCUCUGGAAGCUGCAAAGGCUCUGUUGGAGAGAAAUGUUGUACAAAUUGAUAAUAAAUAUGUCUUUACUACAGACCAGAGAUUGAAAAAUAUAUUUAUCCCCUUGAAUGACAACACAUAUCAACUAAAAUUGUUGAAAGAGUAUCCAAUAACAGCACCAACAUUGCUUAUUUUAGGGAAGGACUCUGAAUAUAGGUUGCCAAGUCAUGAUCCCAUAGUUGACUUUUUUGAAAAAUCUAAAAAUUUUAAAGUUAUUACCAUUAAUGGAACACAUGAUAUUCAUAAUGUUAAUACCAAAGAAGUGGCUAAAUUAGUCACAAGUUUUCUAGUCAAUGUGAAACCUAAAUUGUGAUAAAUCAAAACUGUGAUCCAUCAAAAUCUAAAUAUGAUUGUUAAAAUGGUAUAAAUAAAGUGUUAAAAAUA